AUGUAUCUACAGCUGUAUAAAAUAUAUGUGUUGUCUAAUUUCUACAUUUUCUUACAAAUUUUUGGGGCUCAUGAUGGACAGCCAUAUUGCCACAAACCAUGCUAUGGGAUCCUGUUUGGACCAAAGGGAGUGAACACAGGUGCAGUUGGAAGCUACAUCUAUGAUAAAGAAUCUGAAGCAAAAGACCAACCCACCGAAGGCAGCAGCGACCCGAACGCUGCCGCUCCAAGGGCGCGGUCCUGCCUUCCCGCUCUACUGCCCACGCGGGCGUGGCCGGAGGUGGUAAGGCGAGAUCUUUUCUGCGGGGAGCCUCCAGUAACGGAGCUCACUUGCUUCCUCGUUGCACCGCUGACUGAUUGCGCCCUCGACGACGCCAUGCCCAAGUGCCCUCGUUGUCAGAAGGAGGUCUAUUUCGCUGAAAAAGUCACUUCCCUGGGGAAAGAUUGGCAUCGACCAUGCUUGAAGUGUGAAAAAUGCAACAAGACCUUAAGUGCAGGUGGCCAUGCAGAGCAUGAUGGGAAACCUUAUUGCAACCAUCCCUGCUAUGCUGCACUGUUUGGACCUAAAGGGUUUGGCCGUGGAGGUGCUGAAAGCCACACUUUCAAAUAAAGCUUAGGACUGGAAGGAUGAACUUUGCUGAAUCCAGGCAGGAGUUCAUAAGGAGUACAACCACAAUGUGUUUUUCCCCCUUAGAAUUGAACAUAAUAAAGACUUCAAAAAGAGAGAGAGAGAGAGAGAGAUGAUAAAUGAAUGGGAGUUUCCUGUUCACAUCAGUUGAGAAAUAUAAUCAUGUAGAAACUGGAAAUAAUGGCACUGGCAGAAUCUUAGGAAAGCAUGCAUCAAAAAAAAUCUAAGCCUGCUUUUAGAUCUUUCCUUUUAUUCUGGUUUUUCUAAUUUACAAUUACAGGUUUAAAUCAAAAGAAGCUUGCAGAGUAUCAGUGAAUCAGGAAAUGAACGUUAAAAUGUGGUUAAUAUUUGCUGAUAUUUUUUAAGAAUCACUAUUUCAGAGGCUAUCCAACACUGCCUUCAGAAUUGUCUUUAGUGAAUUCAUGUGAAAUGAACACUUAUUGCACCCAGUGAAA